GAGGAAUCCAUGGAGAACGAGGGGCAGCUUCAGUGCGUGGGCAAGCUAGAGAUCCUGAAGCCGAAACCUGUGGGCUUCCUGUGCGGAACUCUCCAUGUCCCAACUGAUUCCACCUUCCCAUCUUUCCAUUCAGCCAUCGUUCCCUCCCCCCACACAAUUGGAGCGCCGCGCUAUCAAAUGCUUCCUGCGGAGACCGACCUCAACAGUCUCCCAUUACUCUCCAAUUUUCCAGAAAAAGUCUUCUCGGCGGCUUCUAAUAUCAGUGAAGAGGCAAGCUGUGCUACUCAAUCAUGGAGAAGGUUUCCUUUGCCUUUAUCAUUAUAGCUUGGGAACUACAACUAUACUUCCAAGCACAUCAUCCAUGUCUUUCGUCAUUUAUUAUCCUUUGAAGUCUUUCCUAGGUGUACAAUGGGAUGAUGGUGCGCUCUGUCAAAAUCUUUUUAAAAAAUGUGAAGCGCUUGCUGUAACUGGUUUGACAGAAUAUGGAGAUGAAAUAGAUGUUGUUGCUCCAACAGACAUUUUGAAACAGAUUUUUAAGAUACCUUACUCCAAAGCCCAACUAUCUGUUGCUGUUCAGCGGAUUGGAGAUACUCUCAUUCUAAAUGCAGGCCCCAUUGUUGAAGAAGAAGAAAAGCUUUUCAGAAGACAAAACAACCAAUCUAAAUGUUCCAAUCCAUCAAUAUUUUUGAAUUUCGCAAUGCACUCUGUAAGAGCAGAGGCUUGUGAUUGCCCUCCUGCUCACCAACCUUUUUCACAGAAAAAACCAACCUCCCCCAGCUUGCCGGUAAACUUUGGAGUUACUGGGGAUUCAUAUAUGUCUUCCACAUCCGGUAACACUAAGUCUCAUAUUCUGGAUCACAAGAAUCCCAAUGAAGGUAAAAAGCCUUCCCUAUCCAAUAAUGAUAAUUACUUUUGGGACAACAAGAUGAAUAAGCAGAAAAUUAGGUCAGAUUCUUUCAAAAGAACUCAAAUUGGCGAAAAGCCUAGAGGUCCAAUACAAGAUUCCGAACAACACAGGAGACCUGGUAACAAUGCCUUCCUGAGGGUUCUAUUUUGGCAAUUUCACAAUUUUCGAAUGCUUUUGGGCAGUGAUAUGCUUCUAUUUAGCAAUGAUAAAUAUUUAGCAGUAAGCUUGCACCUGUGGGAUGUAACAAGACAGGUCACACCAUUAACUUGGCUUGAAGCUUGGCUAGACAACAUUAUGGCAAAUGUGCCUGAAUUGGCCAUCUGUUACCACCAAAAUGGUGUUGUUCAAGGUUAUGAACUUCUGAAAACAGAUGAUAUUUUUCUACUUAAAGGUGUAUCUGAGGAUGGAGUUCCUGCUUUCCACCCACAAGUUGUCCAGCAGAAUGGUCUUUCAGUGUUGAGAUUUCUCCAGGAAAACUGCAAACAAGAUCCUGGUGCAUAUUGGCUCUACAAAGGUUCUGGAGAGGAUGUAAUACAACUCUUUGAUCUUUCUGUCCUACCUAAGAAUCAUCCAGAUGAUGCUCAUGAUAAGGCCCCCAGUUCUCUAUCAUCCCUAAUGCAGAAAGGAAGAAGAGAUACCAUGUUCUCUCUAGGGAUUCUUCUUUACCGUAUCGCUCAUAGGCUGUCAUUCUCAAAGGCACCAAGUAAUCAUACAAAGUGUGCAAAGUUCUUCAAAAAAUGUUUGGAUUUUCUUUGUGAGCAGGACCAUAUGGUGGUCCGUGCAUAUGCACACGAGCAAUUUGCUCGACUCAUCUUGAAAUGCUAUGAGGGAUUGGAGAUAACAUCGGAAAAUUUUCGUGUCGAUUCUGAGGUUAGAGUGAAUACCUUGGAAGAAGAAUGUUCAGCAUUUCCUUUCUCAAUGUUUGGUUCACCUGGACAAUGCACAGGCCUUUCCGAAGAUGAUACAGCAGCCAAAGAUAGAAAUACCGUUACAGGAGCAUCAAUAGAUGCAUCUCUCAUGCUAAACAUAGAAGAAGAAAAUUCAAAAAAUUCUGAAAAUGUUUUCGUGUAUCAAGCACCAGUAGCAAGAGGAUUUUCAAAUACUAUAGCUAGUCCUCAAACAAAUGAUUCCUUAGACAUAUGCCAGAUAUCCACGUCUCCCAAUCUACCUAAAAUAGUUGCUGAUCCAAUCUCUUCCAAAUUGGCGGCUAUACAACAUGUCUCUCAAGCAAUUAAAUCUCUUCGGUUGAAAAGACAAUUGCAAAAUGCUCAAGGAGAUUUUACUGACCCUGGAAACAGAUUGAAUGACAGACCAACAACAGUCAACCUAUCUCUUUGUGUUUGUGGUGAUGUUAAUUGUAUUGAAAUCUGUGAUAUUAGGGAAUGGCUUCCAAAAGCUAAAUUGGACCAGAAGAUGUGGAAUCUUGUUUUGCUACUAGGAGAGUCAUAUCUGGCUCUUGGGGAUGCUUACAAGAUGGAUGGGCAAUUGCAUCGAGCUCUUAAGGUUGUUGAGUUGGCUUGUUUAGUUUAUGGAUCAAUGCCACAGCAUCUGGAUGAUGCUCGAUUUAUCUCAUCUAUGGACAGUGGAGAAUCAUAUCAGCUUAAGUUGAAAGAAAGUGAUGGUAUCCCAAUUUUCUUAAGAGAUGCUCAGGAAGGCCUGAAUUUCAAGCUGUUUAAGGAAGGUUAUCUAUCCGAGCAUUUAUCUCCUGCCUAUUUAUUUUGGCCUAAGGCCUGGUCUCUUGUUGGGGAUGUAUAUGUAGAUUAUCAAAGAACAAAAGGUAAAGAAGUGAGGGAAGGAGAAGAUGACAGGACAUCAGGCAGUGAGCUUCUGGUGUCAAAUGAAGUUGCGAAGGAGGUUAUGCGCCUUAAAAAGAAGCUAGGACAGUACAUGAAAAACUGCAGUUCCUGCUUAUUGAUAAACUGUAGCUGUCAAAACGAUAGAGCAAGCAGUGGCAACAGUGCAAGUAGUAGUGGCAAUGUUCUUCCAGCAUACAGCAGAAAGCAAAAUAGAAAAUCAACCUUUAGGGCUUCUUUUGCACACUGUGGAAACAUUAAUGAUACCAGCAGUUCCUGCAGAUCAGACUAUUUUAGUGUUUCUGAAAAUGAGCAUUGCAAAAAUAACAGUGACAUAGAUAAGCAUGUGGUUUCAGCAAAACCCUCUAAUGCAUCUUCAACUGUCUUGGGCAUCGCAGACACUGAGAAUACCUUAGAUAGGACACCUUCUAAGCAAACAGUUUUUACUCCAUUAAGUAUCACAGGUGCAUCUAAAGUUGGAAAUGGAGGUAUUUUUAGGUUUCUUCAAGGUCCUGAACGAGAUAGUGUCGAGUACAAUUUUUCAACUGCUAUAUACUGUUAUAAUGCAGCAUGGAAAGCAAUGAAAGGAUUUCAUCUUUGUUCAGCAGAAUUGACUUCUGUACUAAAGAAGAAAGGAUGGGUUUCUAAUGAACUAGGUCGCUUUAGACUUGAUAAAAAGGACUUGGCUUCUGCUGAAAUUGCAUUUGCUGAGGCUAUUCAGGCAUUCAAAGAGGUUUCUGACCAUACCAAUAUUAUACUUAUAUAUUGUAAUCUUGGUCAUGGGAGAAGAUCAUUGGCUGAAGAACUGGUAUCCAAGUUAGAUGAGCUUGCUAAAUAUGAUGUCUUUCAAAAUGCAUAUAAAAAGGUCAUUACGAGUGCAAAAUUGGAAUAUGAUAAAUCACUUAAACAUUAUGGCGCUGCGAAAAUGGAACUUGAUUCAGUUAGUGGAACUUGUGCUACUUCGUUAUAUAAUGAAGUGCAUACACAGUUUGCUCACACUUAUUUGAGACUUGGAAUGCUUUUGGCAAAAGAGGGCAUUUCAGAUAAGGUUCAUUCAGGUACUAAUAAAGACUAUUCUGUUAAUCUAAGCACGGUAGAUCAACAAAAAAAGAUAACUUCAGCAAGUGAUGCUUUUUGGGAGGCACUUUCCUUGUAUAAAUCUCUCGGUAUGCUUCGGAAACAGGAAGCUGCUUUUGCGCACUUUCAACUGGCCAACUUUCAUCGAGACAAUUGCUUGAAACUUGUAGAUUUGGAACAAAAACAGUUUAACUUUGCUAAAGGAGAGAACAGGCAUCUAAAGGCCAAGUGGUAUUCUUCUUUAGCUGAUAAGCACUGGAAGAAGGCUUUAGACUUCUAUGGCCCUAUGACACAUCCUGCCAUGUACCUUAACAUUCUCUUGGAGCAAGCAGCACUUUCUAUAGACCUCUCAUACACGUUUCAUUCAAAUGCGAUGCUGGAAGCUGCCCUACUUCACCUACUUGAUGGACGACUGAUAAUAGGAACAAAUAAAGACUCUGAAAUUGAUGAGGAUUCACAGAUAAAAUCAAAAUUCUGGAGUAAGUUACAAAAUCUGUUGAAGAACAUGCUAUCCUCUUCUCUCUCAGGUGGCUGCAACAAAACUGGUGGGACAAGCCAGCCUGCGCCUGCUGUUAAAGUUUGGGAUGGUGUAAAACUGAGGGAGAUGUUUCGCUUGUCCCUGAAAUCAACUAGUUUCAGUCAGCUGCAUGAUAUGCACAGGUUGUGGUUGUCCUAAAUUACAUUACACGUUCUUGGUGGGUAUGAGGAUUGCAAGCCUGUUUUGUACAAAUCUACUGAGAAAUGUGUGUUCCCGUGUAUAAUCUUGAAGUAAUUAGAUGGUUAUGUGAUUGUUAAAUAUUAAUUUGAUUAGUUAUUAUAUUAAAUGUGUGAUAU